AUGGAGGAUACGCCGCCACGUACCUUUCCCCUCGGGGAUCGAGACGACAAUAAAGCAGCAGUUGGAGUCGGUCCUGGAGCCGGAGCAGGAGCAGGAGCUGGUGCAGAAGCAGCAGCUGGUCAUGGCGGUGGUCAUGAGGCUGGUCCUGGAGUGGGUUAUGGCUUCGCCGCUGGAGCUGGAGAUGAGCAGGCGUGCCAGCCUGCUCAGCAAUACGUACCUCCCAAUAUCCAUACUGAUGCUUUGUAA